CUGCACCCGAAGGGGAAAUUUUUUUUUCUCAUGCGCUUUUCGUCAACCCGGAUGCCGAGCGGCUUUUCCACUUCACAUUCCACCAUUGUCAUUCCGAAACUCGGCUUCACCUUUUUGUUUUUGACUCACCUCUCAUACCCACACUCACCGGGAGAAAAACAGCAGCACCGUGCCCUUUUGAUACAUCUCUCGUGCUCGCGUGCCCUUUAAUAGUAUUUCUCUUCUUGGAGACUUACUAAACAGCCAAACACUUGCUUGGUAUCAGCUUCUUCUGCCCCUCCAUCGUAACCCCUCCAAGAACGACAAAUUUACCCCUCCACCCCACUCACUCACUCAACUCAACUCAACUCAUACACACACACUCUCUCUCUCAAACUCACACUCACAUAAUGGCCACCGACCGUGUCACAUCCGUCGACCUCACCGGUCUCAAGAAGAUCGGCCAGGGAAAGGUCCGCGAUGUCUUCGAGGUCGACGACAAGACGCUCCUUUUCGUCGCCUCCGAUCGCGUCUCGGCCUUUGACGUCGUCAUGAAGAACGGCAUCCCCGACAAGGGUGCCAUCCUCACCCAUGCCUCCGCACACUGGUUCAAGGUCCUCUCGGACCGAGUCCCCGGUCUCAAGACCCACUUCCUCACCCUCGACCCUCCGGCCGGCCUGCCCGCCGCCGACGCUGCCCUCAUCAAGAACCGCGCCAUGCAGGUCCGCCGUCUCAAGGUCAUCCCCCUAGAGGCCAUUGUCCGCGGCUACAUCACCGGCUCUGCCUGGAACGAGUACAAGGCCAAGGGCACCGUCCACGGCAUCCAGGUUCCCGCCGGCAUGCAGCAGUCCCAGGCCUUCGAGACGCCCCUUUACACGCCCAGCACCAAGGCCGAGCAGGGCGAGCACGACGAGAACAUCCACCCGGACGAGGCCGUACGCCUCGUCGGCGAGAAGCACGCGCGCCGCGUCGAGGAGCUGGCGCUGCGCCUCUAUUCCGCGGCGCGCGACUACGCCGCCGAGCGCGGCAUCAUCCUCGCCGACACCAAGUUCGAGUUCGGCGUCGACCCGGACACGGACGAGGUCGUGCUCGUGGACGAGGUGCUCACGCCGGACAGCAGCCGGUACUGGCCCGCCGACAAGUACGAGGUCGGCCGCGACCAGGAGAGCUUCGACAAGCAGUUCAUCCGCAACUGGCUCAUCGAGCAAGGGCUCAAGGGGAAGGAAGGUGUCGCGCUGCCCGAGGACGUGUGCCGGGCCACGGCGGAGAAGUACAAGGACGUUUUCCUGAAGCUGGUGGGCCAGAGUUUCGACGAGGUUGUUGCGCGGUCGUAGCCGAGAAGGGGGUUUGGAGGGGCUGUUAUGUGACGGUGUUUGGUGCGAGUGCUAUACCACAGGCUGAUAUCGGACGUCCGCUAGAGCGGGUAGAGAGAAAAUGAAAAGAACGGAAUAACACUUGCAGUGGGCCAUCGCCCAGGUCUCUU